AUGUCCUAUUAUAGCAGUGCCUGGCUGCAAAAUGAAGACUGGCCGCUUGAAAUUAGCUCCCUGGAAAAGCGCAACACAGGCCAGCGGGGAAGCAUGCAGGGCCACCGCAAAUACUCAGAUGGCCUCAGUGACACAUCCAGAAGCGGCAUCUUUAUGGAUGACACAGACAGGGAGGUGAGCAACCUCACCGAUCGUGCCUUCAGGAGCCUGUGCAUCGGAGAGGAGGCCAUUUACAAUGACUCAGAAUUAUUCUCAUCUCCUACUGAACGACACAAGGCAUUUGCAGAGGAAACCCAGCAAAAGACAAUCUCCCACGAAGCAUUGUCAUACAGCAUUCAGCAAUAUGGGGAAGCAGAAGUACAGUCAGAGAUGGCCUCGACAUUCCAGCAUUCCUAUGUGGAUGUAACCCAUCAGGAACAGGCUUUCAGAGAGGGAAGCUUGUCUUAUAUGAACAAUGGCUCCAAGGAGGUGACAUGGCAGCAGAGCAGGAGCACAUCCAGGGUGUCAUCUCUAAUCAAAGCCUUUAGUUCAGGGGAGUGUUACCAUGACAGCGGGACAUGUGACGUUAUUCUGGCAAGGGAUAGGUAUAGAGACUUUGGCAGUGAAUCAUGGGACAAAUCAGCUAUGCUAAGCAUCCAAAGAGAACUUCAGGAUCUUCAGAAUAUUAAGUUCUCUUCAGGAUAUCAUCAGAAUUUUAAGUCAGGCCCCUUUCAGUCUUACAGAAACCAUUUUUACACAUCUGACGUGGCUGCCACAGUGGCGCAGAUGGACACAACAGUCCUGAUGAAAUCUUCGAAAAGUAAGUUCAAGGCACUGAACUCUACAAACUGUUUUUUCCAUAGUGAAUUUAGUCCCUUCCAGCUUUGGGAAGAGUACAACAGGUUCUCCUUCCAAAGUACAAAUGUGUCAGGGUUUAUGUCAGCUAGCGAAUUCCCACAGUGGUAUGAUUCUCCCAUGUACAAAGAGCUGAAAGACAACCACAGAAUUCCAAACUCUCCGUGUGUAAGUAGGAGCUUCAAUCAGAGGCAAAUUCAGGAUGUUGUGGCCAGCCAGCGCUCCAGGUCCACAGUUGUCCAGAAAGCCUCCGCGAUUGAGAAGAGGUGCGAAUCUGAAAUGGCUUCUAACUAUCCACCUUGGAAGAAAAACAAUAACUUAGUAAGGAACAAACUUCCAGGCAACCGGCCCUCCACAGUCUCACCUACUAAUGAGAGAACAUGUAGGCCGGAUUCAAAUUGGUUUAGAAAUAACAAAGUUACACACGAGAUAGUGGUUGAGAGCAACCUGCCUAGCAGUGUGACGCCAUUCAACAUCACUCAGCUCCUCACACCAGUUAUUCACACAAGACAAGAAACAGAGACAUCUGAGAUCCUGCAGUUUGCACACACACCUUCUGUUUCUGAUUAUUCUUCCCAGGGUGAAACUGACCCUAAACUUCAGACUGAUGUCAAACAUCUGCGUGACAGCUACAAAUCUAAAGCUUCAAGUCUGCUGUUCAACCUCAAAGAUAACCGAAAAAGAGUCAAGAGUACGUACAGUCCCACUAGAUUUAAAGGGCUAGAAAUAACAGAUCGAAAUAAGCAGACCUCCAAGCUGGAGGGCCGAGAAUCCAGAUUUUCAGAUAUUUUUGUAUCCCAAGAAACUGCUCAGGAGAAUUUGAUUGGAAUGGAUGCACGGGCCUCAUGUAACCUAAUUCGAGAGCCCAGUGCAGCUCCUAUCACCCCUAAAGAUUAUACCGAUGGCUUUGGAUCAUAUGACAAUUUGACAUUAACUUCACCUCAAAUUCAGGACAGAGUCGCUAAUUACAAAUUGUUCCGUGGAAGUUCAGAGGGUCACUCUCCCAGCACAGAUCCGCUGGCUAACACAGAGCUCUCAACACACUAUCUUUCAGCACAGGAUAAAAGCUCUCUGACAUCAGAAGGUCAAUUAAAAGACCUCAAUGGUACUUUUAUUCCUGCUAGGCCAGAAAUAGCAAAUGUGCUUCCAAAGGCUUAUCCACCCACCCAUUCUCUGCCUGCUCAGACAUCAGAGCUUUACGGCCAGAGUGAUAACGCAAGUCAAAAUGAUCUAAAACAAAGAAAGGACUUUGGAAGAAAAACAUAUAUUGAAUACAAUCAAAACGAUGCUGUUAAAGAAAAAUGUCCAUGGGAUCAGAUUGGUUCAGUCAAGGAAACAGACGGCAGAUCUGAAUCACAGCCAUUUAGAGGAGAAAUAGCAGCACUGAUUGAGAUGGACAAACAGAGAAAGGCCACCGCUAAGCAAUAUUUUGCCAGUGACCGCUAUUCUGUCCGAAAGGAAACGUACAUGCAAAAAGUGAAUGAAGACAUUAAACUUGGUCGACUCGCAAAGGAGGAGGAGAAAGAGGUCAGGGAAGACACAAUAUCACCCAGGAAAACAUCUUACAGUGAAAAAUCUAUACAUGACAACGAAUUAAGCACAUUUUCAAAGCCUACUGAAUCAUACGAAAUACCAAAAAAUAGUCUCCAGACCAAAACAUUUCCUCUAACAGAAGUUCAUGGUGGUUUACAAAGUUUCAGUGUCAAAAAUUAUUUUGUUAAAGGAGUACCAGCGCAAAAUUCUUCUUUUAACACCAUGGUGACACAAAAUAGAUUUGAUCAGAGAGCUCAUGACUAUAAAGGUCAAGAGAAUGAAGGAUUGUACUCUUAUCAGCCAUACAGGUAUGAGCCUAACAAACAGUGGCACAUGUCAUCAACAAGUGAAGAUAGACACACUAAGGAAAGUGUAUGGACACAGAAACAAUCAGAGAUGUUUGAACAAACUGGUGCCAAGAGUUAUAAAAUCUCCAAUACAUCUUCAAGUACACUACACAUACAUCAAAAUGAGUUUUCCACCAAUAAUGGUGCACCAAAUCCUGCUUUGCAAGAUAAAGAUUCAGUCGUCCCAAACAUUGAUACCUCACAUCAAAAUAAUACAAGUUUACCAACUAAACAAGAAAACCGGUUCCGCAUAAAUUAUAUUCUUGCCAUUAGAGAUAAUGAGCAAUCAAGGAGGUUAAGAGAUAAUACAUUUGUUUUGGCUAAAACAGAAAACCCACAAAAUCCAAUUAAAUAUGAUACAGCUGAAAAACUAGCCAUAACAGAGCCUGUAAAAGACCAACAAGGCUACAAAUUGCAGGACAUUGCAAGUCCAUCACCUGGCUAUGUGAGAAAGGAUUUUCAAAAUACAAAUGAAACAAAUAUUAGCACUGACAGAAAAGACAGUACAAUGAGAAAAGAUACUGACGAGGUCACAACAAGAGUGCUUUCUUACAAGGAAAGAAGCCAAAGUAAACAAGAAAUACUGACGUCGAAAUUGAAAGCACAUGCGCAGAAGGAAAUAUCAGCAAUUAAAGAAAAGGGACUUGCCAAACAAGGCAUUCUUGCGAGAAAUGCAACAAAAGCAAGAGGGACUAUCAAUAAUGAUGGCCAAGAAGGUCAUUCUGUAAAGAAGGAAAUCACAGCAGACAAGCUGAAUCAUUUGUUUGAAGAUAUCACUUAUUCCAGUGUAACCCAGUACAAAGAACAAAUUAAAUUGCACAACGAUCAUCCCAAGAAUAGAUCUCCACCAUCAACAGAAAUACAACCUCUUAAUUUUGAAGAUAAUCAGAAUGCAGUCCCAGAAAAGAAGGAUGGGAAUGUAAAAUACAAACCUUUGGCUAUAGAAAGGCAGAAUGACAAACAUCCAGCUGAUGAUAAUGAGAUGAAAGAAAAAACGUCUACUCAGGACAGAAGGGCAACAGUGGCAAAUAUGAAAAAUAAUGUCCAUAAAAACUACAAGCCAUCCAGAAUCUCAGAAGAUAAACAAAUAAGUAUGACAAGCUCAGAGAAUAUAAACACUAAUAAGGAAUCGGCAAAGCAAAGUCAUGAAAUGUCACAAGGUGAAUCGAUGUCAGGUCAUUUGACAGCCACAGUCAAGACCUACAGAGAGAACUACACUUCCCAUAAUCCACCUGCACAGCAGUUUGAAAAACAAACAGUUCAGCAUGAUCAGAAAGAAAAUCUGUAUGGAAGUAGACAGAGUCAGAAUACUUCCUCUGAAAAAGCUGUGACUAAACCUACUGAUAUAAUCAAAGAAGAC